GUAGCAAAAUAAAAAUAUUUACUGAAUGUGAAUUAGUGACGUAAGCACAAAGCAUGCGAACACAGCACACGUUGUGUUGGUAUUAUAAACCAAGGAGGAUUUUAAUUGAAAAGUAAAUAAAAUGGAACCAGAUUUAUUUACCACACAGACUAAGGAGCUUUCUGCUUCCGAAGUUGUACAGCUAGAAGAGCAAAACAAACGCAUGGUGCCUGAAUUUAAGGCAAACAAACUGGAGAUUGAUGCACAGCGACAUUGGGAUCUAUUCUACAAGCGGAAUGAGACUCGCUUCUUCAAGGAUCGCCACUGGACGACACGCGAGUUUCAGGAACUGCUGACUGACGAGGCGUACACGGACAAGCAGGAGAGACGUACUCUCUUGGAGGUGGGCUGUGGUGUUGGCAAUCUAGUAUUUCCACUGCUAGAGGAACAGACAAAGGAGCAAAACAAUGAUAACAAAUCUAAACCGGGUUUCUACUUCUACGCCUGUGACUUUUCUCCACGUGCUGUGGACUUUGUGCGCUCCAAUUCGCUGUACGACCCGGAGCACAUAACGGCCUUCCAAUGUGACAUUACGACGCAACAGGUGCAUGACCAGAUUGCCAGUGGAAGUCUGGAUGUGUGCACCAUGAUCUUUGUGCUAUCUGCCAUACAUCCAGCUAAAUUCAGUGAUGUCAUUCGCAAUCUAUGGCAGCUGCUUAAACCUGGUGGGUUGGUACUCUUCAGAGAUUACGGCCUGUAUGAUAUGGCACAGCUGCGCUUUAAACCGGGCCACAAAAUCGCCGAGAAUCUCUACAUGCGUCAGGACGGAACUCGCAGCUAUUACUUCGCGGAGCAGGAACUGGCACAGCUGUUCAGCCGGAACGGUUUCGAUGUGGUUACCAACAACUAUGUGCACCGACGCACACUUAAUCUGAAAGAGGGAAUCGAUGUGCCCAGAAUAUUUCUGCAGGGCAAGUUCAGAAAGCGGAUAUCUCAUUAAAACUCAUCAAUGUCAUCCCUUUCAAUUUUUGUAUAUAUAUUUAAUUAAUUUAGUUCAAUAUUAACAUUGCUUGUAAGUCAACGUUCAAUAAAUAUUUGUAUGUAUAUGUUAGGCUUACAUAUUUGGAUAUACGAAUGGUAUAUGUCUUAUUGAUUUUCAAUUGCUUAACAAAUCGAAUAAACCUGGAAUCCAGUAAAAG